AUGGAAAAACAGUCGUCUGGCUCCGACAGCCCAGUCCUGCCGGCAAUUCCGAACAGAAAACCUCGAACGCUUGGUGUUAACCCCGGAUCCCGACAAGAGAGCGUGGAUUCGCUGGACAGUCCCACUGGAUCACAUGUAGAAUGGUGUAAACAGCUAAUUGCCGCCACAAUAUCCAGUCAGAUUUCAGGCGUGGUUCCUCCCGAGGCAGCAGCGCGUGAAUGCAAGGUUGGAAAGAAACUAGAUUUCAGGGUAUCCAGGAGGCCCAACCUAAGGGAUUCUGGUGAGGGGGAACAUGGGUAUCAGUGUGACAGUGACUCUGAUCUCCCUCCUCAUAUUUUGGCAAGUCUCUCUCACUCUCUCGCUCUCUCUGUGUUCAGAGACGUCCAGAAACAGAUGCAGACGGACGAGGUCCCGCUGGUGCCGGGAGAGUCCGUCAGGACCACGGCUAAAGAUGUGAUGUAUAUCUGUCCGUUCACUGGAGCGGUGACUGGCACGCUCACGGUCACAGACUACAAACUCUACUUCGUCAGUGUCGAGCGGGAUCCUCCGUUUGUUCUGGACGUGAACUUGGGUGCGAUCAGUCGCCUGGAGACCAUCAGCGUGCAGAGUCACGGGGAAAACACUCAAGGCGUGGAAAUCGUGUGUAAGGAUAUGAGGAGUCCCAGGUUUGCCUAUAAGAUGGAGGACCAGAGCAAGCAGGAGAUAGUUGGGAUGCUGACCAAGUAUGCCUUCCCUCUAUCCAAUGACCUGCCACUAUUCGCCUAUCAGUACAAGGAGGAGUAUCCAGUAGACGGCUGGAAGGUCUAUGACCCAGUGGCAGAGUACAAGAGACAGGGUUUACCCAAUGAAAGUUGGACCAUCAGUAAGAUCAACAGUAACUAUGAGGUGUGUGACACAUAUCCUGCCCUGCUUGUUAUCCCAACCAGUAUCCAAGAAGACGAGCUGAAGAGAGUUGCCUCCUUUAGAGCAAAGCAUCGCAUCCCGGUCCUCUCCUGGAUACACCCAGAGACCCAGGCCACUAUCGUGCGGUGUAGUCAGCCUCUGGUUGGUCCGUCAGACCGCCGCUGUAAGGAGGACGAACGUUAUCUCCAGACCAUUAUGGACGCCAACGCCCAGUCGCAUAAACUCACUAUCUUUGACGCCCGGCAGUCCACGGUGGCCGAAACCAACAAGGCUAAAGAUGGAGGAUAUGAAAAUGAGAACUUCUACUCUAACGUUGAGCUGAAUUUCCUGGAGAUCCCAAACAUCCACGUGAUGAGGGAGUCUCUGCGGAAGAUGAAGGAGGUGGUUUACCCGACCAUCGACGAAAUGCGCUGGCACUCCGCCAUCGACGCCACACACUGGCUGGAGUACAUACGACUCCUGCUGGCUGGUGCAGUGCGGAUCGCCGAUAAACUGGAGUCCAGUAAGAGUUCAGUGGUGGUCCACUGCAGUGACGGCUGGGACCGCACAGCUCAGCUCACCUCUCUGGCCAUGCUGAUGCUGGACAGCCACUACCGCACUCUCAGGGGCUUCCAGGUGCUGCUGGAGAAAGAGUGGAUCAGCUUCGGCCACAAGUUCGCCUCACGCGUCGGCCAUGGAGAUGAGAACCACGCUAACUCAGAGCGCUCUCCUCUCUUUGUCCAGUUCAUAGACUGUGUCUGGCAAAUGAUGAGACAGUUUCCCUCUGCCUUUGAGUUUAAUGAGCUCUUCCUGAUCACCAUCUUGGACCACCUCUACAGCUGUCUAUUUGGUACAUUCCUCUACAACAGUGAAAAGGAGAGAGUUGAAAAGGAAGUGUACAGUAAGACGGUGUCUCUGUGGUCCUACAUAAACAGCCAGCUGGAGGACUUCUCAAACCCGUUCUAUGUAGACUAUGAGAACCAUGUUCUGUAUCCCCUGGCUAGCCUCAGGCACCUGGAACUCUGGGUCAGUUAUUAUGUCCGCUGGAACCCUCGAAUGAGACCACAGAUGCCGGUCCAUCAGAACCUGAAAGAGUUGUUGUUUUUGCGCGCGGAACUGCAGAAGCGAGUGGAGGAGCUCCAGAGAGAGGUUUCUUCAUCACACUCCCUAUCCUCCUCCUCUGAACACACCUCCUCUCCCUCACACGGCGGAACACCUUUACACACCACCGUCUGAGUGGACACACACACACACACACACACACACACACACAC